AUGGGGGCAUCUGGUCUGUACAGCUUAACACAGAUCGGCCUGGUAGAGGUUGGGCCUUCUCACAGUCCCAGUCUGAUAGGGGCUUUGAUCGGUGUUACCCUCGCCGUCGCCUUUGUACUGGGUCCUAUCGUCGGCGGUGCAGUUUCUCAGCUUUCGGACUGGAGGUGGUUGUUCAACAUGAACAUCCCUUUCGGCUUGGUUGCGAUCCUCACAAUUACGAAUCUCUGGCCGCACGAAGAAGUGUCACACUUCUUCUCAUGGAAGGCUUUCACCAGCAUCGAUUUCCUCGGAAGCGCAACCCUUCUUACCAGUUCAGGCUUUCUGGUGUUCGCUGUCCAACAAGCUGGCUCAGAGACGUUCGUUUGGGGAAGCCCAGAGAUCAUCUCUGCUUUGGUCAUUUCAGGUGUAAGCUGGCUCGUGCUCGUGUGGUGGGAGGUGCACUUGGAGACAAGGCCAUUGCGUAGCAUCGAGCCAAUUUUCCCGAUCCGAUUGAUGCUUCGAAGAGUAUACUCUGCCGGAUUACUGUAA